AUGCAGACCCAAGCUUCGACCUCGGUCGAACCCCCAACCUCGCCGGCGGUGCCGCCGCCCCUGCCGCAGCUGCUCCAGCACCUGCUGGCGGAAGCGCCUGUGAGGGGCGCGGUGCGCCGCGAGCCCCUGGUGCCCUGGGCCGUGCGGCAGCUGGGCCUGAGCUCCGAGCGCGAACUGGAGCGCAUCUGGGAGAAGCCGCUGCUGCGCCAGAGGCUCAAUACCCUGCUGCGCGGCCUGAAG